AGAUAUGUUAUUGUAUUGUACAUUUUACCAAAUCAUUCAUUUACAUCCCAUGUACUAUAUGCACAUAUGGACACUAUGUUAAUCUUUUUAAACACAUUUUUACAACAACAAAUUGGCUAUACGUCAAAGUCUUGAUGCCUUUCUUCAUCUGCAAGUAAAAGCAUUAAUCACACACUAAGUUACCACACGUUUCCUUUUUUUGUGGAAUGUGUGCAUUUUUGGAAUCAUCCCAUGUGUGUGUGAAAGUCAAGGUCAUGUCUUUUCUGUUGCCUGAGCAUCUGGGUGAAUCAUUCAUCGGAGCACGAUUCAUGGAGGAUGCCGCUUACGCUAGAUGUGAGCAUUGUGUUUAUAGUUUGGUUGUCGACAUGCUUCCCUUCACGAGCAGCCACUCCAAAGAGAAGAUGUAUGUACUUUGCCAAGCCACAAAACACUGAAUUGACUAAGGUCGCAGGAAACAUAAGUGGCCAUUGGCAGCUCUGUGCCAUAACUGAAUGCUGCAUGGGUUACUUCCAGCUGGAGGAUGGAAAACCCAAGCCUGACCUCUUAGGUUGUACUAGAAACACGACAAACUGCCCCAACUCUUCAUGCCAUGCAUCAAUGUAUCAAAAAAAUAUUAUUGGGUGUGUGUGCAGCUCCGAUUUCUGCAACACGAACAUCACUUGGAACCAGAAAACCACGCAAAAUGACACCAAGCAACCUCAGAAGGCAUUUAAUACUACAAAUAUACUGAGCGCCAGCAUCCUAAUUAUUCCUGCUGGAGCUUUGAUUCUGUACAUUUUCCAUGCAAUUGCAAUGAAAUGGAGAAUUCUUCCUAAAUGCAGCAGACAAGUAACACGUCCAGACACACAUUAUAUCCUAGAGGUACUUAAUAAUGACCUGAGCAAACAACUGGAGAUGCAAAAGGUACUUGCUUGCGGCAGUUUUGCACGCGUGUGGCAGGGAACGUUCCAGGGAUCAUCGGUGGCUGUGAAAGUGUUUCCUCCAGCACUAAAACAAGAGUUCACCAAGGAGAAAGAUGUUUACAAGCUACCUCUAAUGAUGCAUUCUGGCAUCGUUAGAUUUCUUGCAAAUGGAAAAAUGGAGAACGAGUUUGUGCUUGUUUUGGAACUGGCAACCCAGGGUUCUUUGAAUGUAUUUCUAUCUAGAGUGAUGUGUGACUGGGCGUGUACGCUGAAACUAGCUCAGACCCUAUCGCAAGGAUUGGCCUAUCUGCAUACAGACUUACAAAUGAACGAAGCCUAUAAACCAGCAGUGGCUCAUUGUGAUCUCAGCAGCAGUAAUGUUCUGGUGAAAGCUAAUGGUUCUUGUGUUCUGUGUGACUUUGGAUGCUCCACGGUGCUAGAGCGCAAAGCCUUGCAGGGUUAUACUGGCAUGGUAGAGGGCAGAAUUCAGAUGGGGACUCUGCAGUACAUGGCGCCUGAGAUUUUGGAGGGAUGUGUCAAUCUGAGCAGCGGUCGAUGUUUGCUGCAGGGAGAUGUGUACUCCUUAGGACUACUGCUCUGGGAGCUGCUGAUGCGGUGUUCUGACCUCUGCAAUGAUUUUCCGGUUCCAGAACAUAUGUUGCCCUAUGAGACGGAACUGGGACGCAAUCCUUCCCUUGAACACCUACUUACCUUUGUAUUAGAGAAAAGAUUGCGUCCAACUAUACCUCGUCCAUGGGCCAGGGUUUCUCAGGGACCGCUUCUCCAUGAGCUCCUUGAAGAUUGCUGGGAUCACGAUGCAGAUGCAAGACUCACAGCAGAGUGUGUGGCCAACAGGCUAGCUUCUUUACCUCCCCGAUGUUGCUUUGUAAUGAAUGAAGUUGGAGUGUAAAUUUAAUGUUGAACAUUAGCUGAUAAUAUAAUAUUAGAGAAGAUAAAUGGAAGAUUGUUUUCAUUGCAUUGAAAUUGCAUUUGUAAAGAAAUUCAGGUAAAAUUUAAUUUCAAUAGCACAGACAUUUAUUUAGGUGCAUUAAGUCUUUUUAGAUGUUGGUUUUAAACGGCAUGUCCGACAACAAUUUAACACUUUCAACUCCCUUUUUCACACUCUGCUAGAUGUUCUUACUGGAUGGUAUUUGGUUAGCUCUACUAAUAUCUUCUAAUUAAUAUCAAGGUCUUCAUGGGUUAACAUCUCUUCCUGCAGAAUAAAGAAAUUUCUCUUUUCACCAUUACUGCUACUCUUAUGUAAUAUCUUACACGCCAAUAAGAAAGGACUCAAGUCUUCAGAGACAUUUGAACAAGGGAUGUGAAAAUAAAAUACACUUACAGUCAUUCUACAGAAAAGGUGAGAUUUGAGUCAUAAAUAUCUGCUGAAAUGUAU